UCGUAGGAUCCUAGUCCUUGCUGGCAGGGUGCUUCUUCCACUUCCGGUUGUAAGAGAGAGGGUCGUGACCUGAGCCUAGUAGAAUUGGAAUCACCCAAUCUAACACAUAGCGAUUCAGCCUCUGAGUCUCCGAUCCGAAUCGGCAACUCGGCUUGGUGAUGGAACAGAGGUUUUAAUUAAAUAUAAGAGCCGAGUGAUUUGGAUUGUUCUGUAAUCCAUGGGGACUGAAAAUCCCGGUCGUCCAACCUUCCCUGCAAGACCUGCUUCCUCACCCUUUGCUGCUGCACAGACUGUGACACCUUUUGCAUCAACCGGUCCCAUGGCCGGAUCAGAGCCUCCUUCUUUUCGACCGGCUCCUCCCCAGAGCUCGAUGCCAUUUUCGCCGUCUGGACCUCCAGUUAGACCAGGGGCACCCAAUUUUAGACCUACUCCACCUAGCAGGUUCAAUGACCCAUCAGUACCUCCUCCUCUCCAAUCAUCCAAUGCCCCGCCUGCUGCCACACCUUUCCAGCAUUUUCCGGCACCACCAUUUUCCUCAACAACUCAACCACCCCUUGGACGUGCUCCGCCCUUGGGACAACCAUCAAUUCAAUCUCCAGCUAGUCAAGCACCAUCUUUUCCUCAGCAACAGAUGCCUAUUGUUCCAAUGGGGUCGCCGCCGCCACCACCGCAAAGUGCCAUUCCUGCACAUUUAGGUCCAAAUGUUCCUCCUCCUGCAUUUCAGCCGUCUUUUCCCGGGUAUGCCAGUAAGCAGCCUGGUGCCGCUGCUCAAGUUCCACCUAUGCAUUCCUCUCUCCCUGCUAAUCAAGCAAAUUAUGGACCAGUCCCGUCUGCUGCACCUUCUCCUUUUUUAUCUCAUCAAGGAGGCUAUGUUCCGUCACCCCCAAUGGCUACUCCACCAGGAAUCCAGCCAAUGCACCCGCCAGGAUCUGUGCCCCCAAUGGGUGUUGUUCAGGGCUUGACAGAAGACUUCAGUGCGCUCACUAUGCAAACUCGUCCUGGAACAAUGGAUCCACUAUUUGACACUAAAGAACUUCCAAGGCCAUUGGAAGGCGAUGUUGAGCUAAACAAUUUGGCUGACAUGUAUCCCAUGAACUGCAAUCCCCGAUAUCUCCGACUCACAACCAGUGCAGUUCCUAGCUCCCAGUCCUUGGCUGCAAGGUGGCAUCUUCCUCUUGGAGCAGUUGUAUGUCCGCUUGCAGAACCUCCUGAUGGGGAAGAGGUUCCCAUUGUUAAUUUUGCUCCAGCUAGUGUUGUACGCUGCAGAAGAUGUCGCACAUAUGUGAAUCCUUAUGUGACAUUUACAGAAGCUGGAAGAAAGUUCCGCUGCAACGUCUGUACCUUGCUCAACGAUGUUCCUAGUGAAUAUUAUGCACAAUUAGAUGCGACUGGAAAAAGAGUUGAUCUGAAUCAACGACCUGAGCUGACAAAGGGGACUGUAGAAUUUGUUGCCCCUGCUGAGUAUAUGGUGCGGCCUCCUAUGCCACCAGUCUAUUUCUUCCUCAUCGAUGUUUCCAUAUCUGCAGUUAGAAGUGGCAUGAUUGAGGUUGUGGCUCAAACAAUCAAGUCAUGCUUAGAUGAGCUGCCUGGAUUUCCACGUACACAAAUAGGGUUUGCAACUUUUGACAGCACAAUACAUUUUUAUAAUAUGAAGUCAUCCCUGACUCAACCACAGAUGUUGGUGGUAUCAGAUCUAGAUGAUAUAUUUGUUCCUCUUCCAGAUGAUCUUCUUGUUAACUUGUCUGAAUCAAGAAGUGUGGUGGAAACCUUCCUAGAUAGUUUGCCAACCAUGUUCCAGGAUAAUGUUAACCUGGAAUCAGCUUUUGGUCCUGCUCUUAAGGCUGCAUUUAUGGUUAUGAGUCAACUUGGAGGGAAAUUGUUAAUUUUUCAAAACACACUCCCAUCCCUUGGGGUUGGCCGCUUGAAGUUACGGGGAGAUGAUUCUCGUGUUUAUGGGACAGACAAAGAGCAUGGACUGAGACUGCCUGAAGAUCCAUUCUACAAGCAAAUGGCUGCUGAGUUUUCCAAGUUCCAAAUCUCAGCAAAUGUGUAUGCAUUCAGUGAUAAAUACACCGAUGUAGCCUCUUUAGGAACUCUGGCAAAGUAUACUGCUGGUCAAGUAUAUUACUAUCCAGCUUUCCAAUCAGCCAUUCAUGGGGAGAAAUUGAGGCAUGAGUUAAGGAGAGACCUUACCAGAGAAACUGCAUGGGAAUCUGUAAUGCGUAUUAGAUGUGCGAAAGGUGUCCGUUUCACAACUUAUCAUGGAAACUUCAUGCUUAGGUCCACUGAUUUGUUAGCACUUCCAGCUGUAGAUUGUGAUAAAGCCUUUGCCAUGCAGUUGUCUCUUGAAGAGACAUUAUUGACAACUCAGACGAUGUAUUUCCAAGUUGCAUUGCUAUAUACUGCAUCUUGUGGAGAAAGGCGUAUAAGAGUUCACACAAUGGCAGUUCCAGUAGUGACAGACUUGCCAGAUCUCUAUCGCCUUGCUGAUACUGGUGCAAUCGUAUCGCUGUUAAGUAGGCUAGCAAUUGAGAAAACAUUGUCCCAAAAACUGGAAGACGCACGGAGCGCUGUGCAACUACGAAUUGUGAAAGCCCUCAGGGAAUAUCGAAAUCUUUAUGCUGUGCAACAUCGCUUGGCCAACAGAAUGAUAUAUCCUGAGUCUUUAAAGUUCCUAAUAUUGUAUGGAUUAACUCUUUGUAAAUCAACGGCUCUACGUGGAGGGUAUGGUGAUGUUCCACUGGAUGAACGAUGUGCUGCGGGACACAUAAUAAUGACUGUACCAAUAAAAAGACUGUUGAAGCUUCUAUAUCCUAGCUUGAUUCGACUUGAUGAAUAUCUUUUGAAGGCGACUGUACAGGCAGAUGACUUAAAAAGCAUUGAAAGGAGGUUACCUUUGACUGGGGAGAGCUUAGACUCUAGAGGACUUUAUAUAUAUGAUGAUGGCUUCCGGUUCAUUAUAUGGUUUGGUCGGGUGAUUUCUCCUGAUAUAGCCAAGAAUUUGCUUGGGGCAGACUUUGCAGCAGAAUUAUCAAAGACUAGUCUCAUGGAGCAUGAUAAUGAAAUGUCAAGGAGGCUGAUGAGGGUACUUGAGAAGUUGAGAAAUACAGAUCGUGCAUAUUACCAGUUGUGCCAACUUGUUAGGCAAGGUGAACAGCCCAAAGAAGGAUUCCUCCUCCUUGCAAACCUUGUUGAGGACCAGAUGGGUGGUAACAGUGGGUAUGCUGAUUGGAUGCUACAGAUAUCCCGACAAGUGCAACAAUCAUAAUAUAUAGGCAGCUUGUUAUCUGUCUCAUAAGGGAGGGCCAUUUCUUUCUACAGUGGAAUGUAUUGAAUCUAUCCUUUGGGGUGCAUGGUGAAGCAUCUUGACUUGGCGAAUUGGUCGUGACUUGUGAGAAGGAUGCUUUUGGGAGAUUGUUGAUUCAUCCUAGGAUGUAUCAAUUAGAUGAACUCCACCAGAGAUUGAAUUUAAACAUGUUUUCAUGUCUUCGAUAUAGAGGGUAAAAGGAAAGUUUAAUUUUUUUUUGUUAUUUUACCUUGUGAGAUAAGUUGUCAUUUUCUUUCCUAUAUUUCCUUUUUGUCGUUACGGUUGAUUCAUUCGUUGUAGAAAAAGAAGAUAGACAGAGGGAACUGAGAAGAGAUAGCAUGUCAAAUCAGUAUGCGAAAUCUUAAAUUUUGUUUGGGGACAAUUAUUAUUUGUUCUGAUAUUUAAUUGAUGUGGAAACUUUUUUCCUUUCAAAUUGUAAUUUAGUUUCAACUUAUUUUAGAUAAAUUUUAUUUUUCCUUUUUAACUUCUGAGGGAACUUAACAAAUGGUUAUUUCAAAAAAUUAAUCCUUCCAAAUAUGAAUAACAUUUCAAUUAAAUUUCGG